AUGAAGGGCGCCGUCGUUCUUGUAGCUGUUAUCAUCGCCACUGUGAUUGGGAGCGGAGCAUUCAGAAAGAAGCCGCUAUGUGAGAUGUGCGAGAAUCUGAUCAAAAAGAUUGAUGAAGUGCUGCAGCAAGGAGGAGACGUGCAAAAGGCUGUGGAUCAAUUCUGUCGCGAAGAUCUUCCAGAGUUCCUAGUUGACUACUGUGAAAAGAUCGUUGCCAAGAAUCUCAAGUACAUCAUCGAAAAAUUGAAA